CCUCCCCCUGACGGGCGCCCGCCUCCCGGAAUGGCACGCGCUCCACACCGGCUCCAUGCCGUCUGAUUCCGAAUCCGGAUCGCUCGCAAACGUCGACGCCGGCAUCCCCCAGGCCACGGCGCGCAGCCGCGGCGCCGCCGCAGGGCUGUCAGCCCAGCAGCCCGCCGCGCUGGCAGCUUCGUCCCAGCUGAGCGCCGGCGCGGCGGCGAGACCCGCGGCUGGGCCGAAUUCCGUGGGGAGCCGGUCCCUCGGCUCUGUAUCCGUCGCAUCUUCCUCGGCUGUGGCAGCCGCAGCCGCGGCUGCGGCGGCCCCUCCGCGCGCCGCCGGCGGGCUCGUGCCGCUGCUGCUCGGCCGGGCGCGCGGCGCCAAGGCGGCGCAACCGCAGGAGGCGGCGAGCCUUCACGCCUCUCGGUCGUCCAGCGCGGCGGGGGCCGCGGCGCCGCAGCUGUCCGGGGUAGUGUCGGCUGGGGGCGGCGGUGUCUCGGGCGGCCGCCUGCCUGUCGAGGCUGCGGAUUCGGAGCAGUCGAGCGGAAGCUUCUCGAGUGUGCACAGCAGCGUGCAAGCCGCAGCGAGCGGCCCCAGCUAUUGCCUUGCAGCCGCGGCGUCCGCGACGGGCGACGACUCCGGCCCGCCGCCUGCAGCUGCAGGAGUAGGCGGCAGCUGCGGGGGCAGCUGCACCAGGUGCGCGGGCGGGAGCCCGCGCUCGCCGCUCGCGGCAAGCCGGGGGCGCGGUUUCAAAGCCAGGGUUGGGGGGCUGUUCAGCACCUCAAGCACAGGCAGCUCGGCGGCGGCGGCGGCCGCGGCGGUUGCAGCAGAGGCGCAGGCUGCCGGCGAGGAGAAGUCGCGUAAGGGCAGCUCGAGCGCGCUGGCGUCGCUGUUUGGCGGCUGUAAGUCCAAGAAGAGCGGCGCCGGCGCCUGCGCCGCGGUGGCGAGCCAGCCGGUUGGCGGCGCGCAGGUGAUGAUACAGCGCGCGCUCAGCGCCGGCAGGGAGGUUGAGGGCGCCGUCGCCGCGUGGCUCGCGGCAGGCAUCCCCGGGUUCGGGCCGGCCCCCGCGGCUGGCGGGGGCGGCGCGGGCGCGCCCCGCGUGCGCGGCCACAGCCGGGCGGCGACGUGGGGCGGCCCGGGGGGCGACGCGGAGGCGGCGGCGUGGGAGGCGGGGAUGGCACAGCUGGCUGUCGGGCGGCUGCAGCCCGCAUUGGUCGAGCAGCAGCAGGAACAGCAGCAGCAGCAGCAGCAGCAGCAGCAGCAGCAGCAGCAGCUGUGGAACCAGGAGGACUAUGGGCCACCCGAGAAGAUGAUGGAUCGUUUCGUGUCGUGCAUGGAUAUUGGGCCGCCCCACCCCUCCUGCGGGGUGGGCGCUGACAACGAGCUCGCGCCGCCGCCCGCCAGCUCCAGCGCGUUGCUGGCACGCAGGCAGGCGCUGCGGCGGCAGCAGCAGCAGGAGCAGCAGCAGCAGCAGAAGCAGCUGCACCCAGCCGGCGGGGAGCAGGGGCAGCGGCAGCAGGAGCAAGACGAGGGCCGCGGCGCCGACGGGCGCAGCGCCCCCGCCGCGCGGGGCGAGCCCCUGAAGGGGGCGGCGGUGUUCUCCGUGACCCCAAUCGUGGCACCCCAGAUGGGCGUGGACGCAGCCACCCUGGCCAGCUCC